AUGUCGGCCUCGUCCUUCUCGCCAGAGGCCCGCACCUCGUGUGCCCGAUGCCACAAGCGCAAGAAGCGAUGCGACCGCGUGCUGCCGGCCUGCAAGAACUGCCAGCUGGCCCGCGUGCGCUGCAGCUUCCUGGACAAUGAGAGCCAGACGACGGCGUCGUACCCGAUAGCAUACGUCCGCACGUUGGAAGCCCGCGUGCAGGUGCUGGAACAGCAUAUAUCCACAGCCUCAUCCACCCCCCAGCAGGCCGGCCAGUCCGAGCCGUCGUCGUUGCAGGGACGAGGCCCGGACCAGGACCUGGACCCGGAUCGAGAUCGAGAUCUUCAACAGUGUCAGACGGCCCUGUCGUCCUCGCUGCCCAACGCCGCCGUCUCCGACGCGGUCGAGCUUGCGCAGAACGACGCUGAUGCCUGUGACAUGUUCUUGGGACCCCCGCCGCCCAGCAGCACCGGCCGACCCGAUGAUGAGAUCACCAUGGCCGGUGGCUCGUCCAUGGCCAGCAUUACCGACGAACCGGCCUCCAUGAUGCGUCCGCAAUCCCAGCCUCAGCUGCAGAUGCCGCAGCAGUCGCCCUACGGCCCCGGGCCGGCCAGCCCGCAGUUGCGCCGCCGGCCUCGCUCCCACGCCCACUCGCACACAUCGCACACCGCGAACUCACCCUCAAGUCACGUGCCCACACCCCCGCAAACCUACCGCGGCUCGCCCCCCGGCAUGGGUCCACCACCACCACCACCGCCGCCGGCCGGUCAGUCACCGUCGUUUGCUCAGGAGCUCAAGUCACUCUCGCUCGAGGCUGCCGCCGAGCGUCACGUCGGCUCGUCCUCGGGCGUCUCCUUUGCCAAGCUGACCCAGAUGAUCCUCUGCCGGCUGACGCCCGACAAGGCCGACUUUGUCUUUAGCAGCGAGCCGACGGCAGGCAUGGGCACCGGCGCCGUGGCUGCCGGCGGCAAUGGCACCCAGACGACCACAGCCAUGAGCGGCGAGAACGGAUCGGUCGGCGACCUCGUCUGCGGCAGCGACCCGCAGCUGGUCGACUUCGACUCGCCGUCCGACCUCUUCAACUCGUCCGUGCUGCACAGCCUCGGCGAGAGUAUCUCGGUGUACCCGCUCCUCUUCGGAGAUGUGUUCCUGACCGACAUCAUCGAGCCCAGCGCGGCUCUCAGCGGGCUCAGCUGGCCGCCCACGACGGUGGCUGGCGGCAUCGGUGACGACGCGCACAUCGGCGUGCUGGUGGACUUUUACUUUGCGCACUCCAACACGCUCUACCCAAUCAUCGUGCGCAGUGAGUUCAUGGCGACGCUGCAGCUGAUGCGCGAGGAUCCGCAGGCGGCCGCGGCCACGUUGCCGGCGCUCUCGCUCUUCCGCAUCUGGAUGGUGUUGGCGAUCGGGGCGACCGCCUUCUCGUCCGUCUCGCUGACGGAGGAGUCGGAGCCGAUGCUGUACUACAACAAGGCGCUGCAGUACUCGGAGCAGGCCCUAGCGCUGGACGAGAUGGCCGCGCUCGAGGUGUUGACGCUGCAGGUGUCGUACUCCUUCUUCAACCAGCUCGGGCCCAACACCUGGUUUCUCGUCGGCAUGUCGGCGCGCGUGGCCCUCGGACUGGGCCUGCACACGGCAGCCACAUACGAGAAGCUGCCAGUCGACGUGGCCGAACGACGCAAGCGCAUCUUCUUCUCCAUCUACAUGAUGGACCGAGUCGUGUCGAUCGCGCUCGGUCGGCCGUUUGCGCUGCACGACGACGACAUUGACGUGACCCCGUUUGCCGCCGUCGACGACGACUGUAUCACGCCCGAGCAGAUCCUGCCGCAGAGCCAGCUGCAGCCGUCGAUCAUGUGCGUUCCGCUGCACAUUCUGGCCCUGCGCCAGAUCGCCAGCCGCAUUGCCCGCCAGGUCUACUCGUCCUCGGCCAGCCGUCAGGCUGCCCAGCUGCAGCUGUCGGCCGCCCAGCGCGAGUCCGUCCUGACGGCCCUGCACCAGGAGCUCAUCGACUGGCGCCGCAACAUGCCCUUCCCGCUGCCCGACGUCGAUAGCCGGGUGCCCCAUCUGAGCAGUACCUGGUACGACUUCAACUACUACACCCACCUCGCCUCCAUCUACCGGCCUUCGCCGCUCUUCCCCGUCAUGGAUGCCAAGCGGGUCAAGAUCCUCGAGAGCGCCGCCGCCAUGGCUGUCCGCCACGCCUACAACCUGCACCAGCAGCGUCGCUUCGCCUACAACUGGCUCAACUUCCUCUCCCUCUUCACCGCCACCCUCUCGCUCAUCUACGCCACCACCGCCCAACCCGACAGUCUGGCCUGCGUGCUGCGCGAAACCCGCGCCAUCGACGACCUCGAGCUCGCCAUCGAGCUCUUCGGCACCCUCAGCGUCAAGUUUUCUGCCGCCCGCAAGAUUCGUGGCAUGAUUGCCGAGAUCUGCAAGCGGUACCGCGACGUCAAGGACAACGCCUGA